AUGAAGCAAGCAGAUGUUAACACACCCAUAGCUACAGUAGAAAUGGGAUCUGGAAUGCUGUCAAGAAUAAUUGGAUAUGUGCGUGACAUUGGAUUGAAUACGAAGGAUUCAAAGAGAGACUUUACUACAGAGCAUCAAAAGCUUGAGUGCAAUGUAUACUUUGUUACCAAAGACAUGAAGAGAAUUGGAGCAUAUUUAUUGAAGCCUACUGGAGACCAUCCUCCAAGGUUUGUAAUUGCAUUGCAUGGAAGAGGAUGUUCAAGAGAGUGCUAUCGCUCUGAGUCCAAGAUUGGGUUUCUGUGCAGCAUGGGAUAUUAUGUACUGAUUCCAGACUAUCGAGGAUUUGCAGACUCUGAGGGUAUGUUUGAGAUUGAAAAGGUGAACCUUGACAUUAUGGCAUGCUUUGAGUAUUUGAUGAGCAAUUUUGGAGCGAACGAGAUAGAUGUGGUUGCGCAUUCGCUUGGGACAGGGAUACUUGCAGAGUAUUGUAGGUAUGUAAGGAGCAGUAAAAUUGGAGAAUGUUACAUGCCUCGCCGGGUGGUAAUGAUAUCGCCGUUUACUUCUAUAAUGGAUGUUGUGUCUGAGUCGUUUGUAUGGAGACUGCUAUGUGUGUUGAUGCCGUGGGCAAGAAAGAUUGUGAGUAGAGAGAUUGGAUAUGAUGUGAUGGGAAACAUCAAGCAUAUGGAUAAAAAAGGAAUAUUUUUGUAUCAUGGGGCAAGGGACGAUGUUAUUUCUUGCAAGCAUGCAUAUAUACUAUCGAAGGUGCAUGGCCUGAAGCUUAGGCUGAGUGAUCAUGAUCAUGUGUCAAUUCUUGACGAUGAUAAUCUUUGGCAGGGCGUUUAUGCGGAUUUUGUGCAUGAAUGA